AUGCUCACGUAUCCAGAGUCUACCGACUUUCGAAAGCGGCGCAUUCCUAACCGGAUACUCUGCAGCUACGUGGCACCCGUGUUUCUGUCGCCAAUGCUCGUGCUGGCCGACAACCAGGACAUCCUCGGUGAAUAUUCGUCAAAAUCGAAAGCAAGUGCUCGACCGGAUAUUCUUGGCACAGAAACGAGAGUGUCACUCGUUGCUAGUGUCGUUACAAAAGGGGUGCACAGGGAGGACAAGAGGACACGUGUACGCAGGCUUGAGAGUUCUCGCUUCUCUCGGCAGAACGCGAUGCGCUUCGCGUUCUGCUCCUGCCUGAUGGCCGUGUACUGGGUGUUCGAGAGCAUGCCCUUCGUGGCCACCUCACUGCUGCCGCUCCUGCUGCUGCCCUUCUUCAACGUCAUGCCGCCGGGAGACGUGGCCAGCGGUUACGUUUCGGAGCCCGUGCUGUCGCUGUUCCUGGGCCUGAGCUUCGCCCUGGCCCUCCGACACGGCACCAGCCUGUACACGCGCGCCUCGUUCGCGCUGCUCCAGUGCUUCGGCACCAGGGUGCGCUCGCUCAUGCUCGGCUUCCUGGGCUGCACGCUGGUGCUGACGCAGGUGCUCGGUGCCAGCCUCACCGCCGUGCUCAUGGUCUACACCGUCGAGUGCGCCAUGGCUGAGAUCCAGAAUGACGUCAUCCGAGAGGAGCAGUUCAAGGCCUACGCGCAAAAGUUCCGGCGCCGUUUCUCGGGCGGCAGGGGCCUCAUGAGCAACAGGAGGACGAAGAGCGAAGAUCGCCUCAGCCGCAUCUCGAAUGAGCAGGCCCGUCGUCGAGCAUCGGGACAGGUUUCCAUCGAGAAGUUCGAGAGCCCGAAAGCGUUCUCGGACAAUAGCUCCGUUACCACCACAGCGCGCUCUGCGGCGCUGACGGACCAAAGUCCACCGCAGACGCAGGAGCGGCAACAGGCGUCGGCCAACAAGAGUCCAGCCAGCUCGAGCGUCGAGAAGGCCAAGCGGCGAGGCACCAUCCACGUGAACCUGAACGUGGACAGCGCCUCCGUGCCGCUGCAGGCUAGGAGCAGAUCGUCACUAGCGGCGACACCGUCGCGAAGCGCGCUCGACGGCUCGUCGCCAGACCUGGAGCCGCGGAAGGCCAGCAUGCGCGACCGCAAGAUCUCCAUCUACGAACGCGGCAAGACGUUGCGGCCGGGUGAGGAAGACCUCAGCGUGGUCGCCGGCGCGAUCGAGCCGAAGAAGCCGAUCAGUCGCAAGAAGAGCUCCAUAUUCGGCGGCAUCCGGGAGUUCAUCAAACGGAGAUUCACCACGAGCACGUACGUGGACAGCAGCUACCUCCAAGAGCGGAUUGCCUGGGAGAAAGAGAGAUACACCACCAUUCAAAAGGAUCUCCUCAUUGGUAUCGCGCUCACCGCGAGCGUCGGUUCCAUCACCAGCUUCCACAGCAACUACAGUAACAUCGUUCUGAGCAAGUACUACGACAACAACAGCGACCGCAAGGAGCUGACCACGACGCGGUGGCUGCUGGUCACCCUACCGGUAGCCGCCAGCGCAGUGGCCUUCGCCUGGAGCCUUCUCAUGAUGGGAUAUCUGGAACGCUACGAUGCCGAUGAGGACGAGGACGCCAGAUACGCCAUCAGCCACGUACUCAAGCACAAGUACUACGAGAUCAGCAAUUUCAGUUUCCGAGAUUGUCUGAUCCUGUUCAUCACGCUGGCUUGGUGCGGCAGCAAGAUCCUCUUCGCUCCCGAGGAGACUCUGACGGAAGACAAGAUGCUGCACGCCCCUACGAGCCUGUUGCUGGGCGAGGCGCUGUUCGUGGCCCUGUUCUCGCUGCCCGGAAAGCUGCUGUUCUGGCGAGAAGCGCCACCCAACGAUGCUUACGCAGGUGGCAGGCUGGCAAGCUGGAGCCGCGUCGCUUCCAGCAUGCCCUGGGGUGUGCUCAUCGUGUACGGCUGCGUGCACAGCAUGCUGAUCGCGUCCAGGGUGUCGGGCUUCUCGGCGCUGGCGAGCGACGCGAUACGUCAGAUGAACAACAUGGAUCCGGUGACCAUCCAGUUGAUCCUCACCUGCACUGCUGCCUUGCUCACCGAAGUCGUCAGCAGCACCACAACGGCGUCCAUGCUCGUACCCAUGGCGGUGACUCUGGCGAAGCAGAGCAAUACGCACCCGCUAUACCUCGCGAUUCCUGUGGCGGUGGCCUCGAGCACGUCCCUGGUGACGCCCGUCUCCUGCACGGCCAUCACUGUCGUGGUCUCCUACGCCGAGAUCAGCAUCGCCGACUUGCUCAUCCCGGGGCUGAUGAUCAAGGCCUUCAUGGUGACCUCGGUGCUGCUGUCGGUCAACACCAUCGGGGAAUACGUUUUCAACUUCGACGAAAUCGACUACGCCGCCUUUACGGCUCGCGUGAACUACUCUCACGUUUAGAGAAUCGUGG